AACAGUUCAUUUUCAAUAUAAAAGUUACCAAAAUCUGUUUUCUCAGUGCAUAUUGCAGAAUGUGUUGAAGGAAUGCCUGUAACAACACGUUUUAAUUUUUCUUCUUCAGAUAACCAUACAGCUGUAGAUAACAGUACACUUGUGGCUGAACCAGAGAGUGGGACUGUCAGAAGGGUGAUUUUUUUAGCCUCCUUGAUCAUCUACUGUGUGAUAUUUUUGGCCGGGACAGUGGGCAAUGGUCUAGUCAUCUACGUGACAGGCUUCAGGAUGAAGAGAACAGUCAACACCGUUUGGUUUCUCAACUUGGCCCUGGCUGACUUCCUCUUUACGGCCUUCCUAAUUUUCUCCAUCAUUAGUCUUUCUCAGGAUCACCAUUGGCAUUUCGGAGAUUUCAUGUGCAAACUCAACACCUUAGUGACAGUGGUCAACAUGUUUGCCAGUAUCUUUCUUCUGACAGCCAUAAGUCUGGAUCGUUGCCUGUCAAGCUGGGUGGUGGUGUGGGCACAAAACAAGCGCACCGUCCGCAAGGCUCAGCUCAUCUGUGCUGUCAUCUGGAUGACUGCUUUGGUCUGCAGCACCCCUUACGCAACUUUCCGUGAUCUUCAGUUGCACGAAAACAGCACUUACUGUAGUUAUCCUCGUACAGAUACUUUUCAAGAGCAAUAUCGGAUUCUCACCAUUUUUCGCUUUGUUGUGGGCUUCCUCAUUCCAUUCCUGGUAAUAUCUGUAUGUUAUGUGGCCAUAAGUGUUCGUGCAGGUCGCCUGCAGAGGACCAGCAAAAAGAGACCUCGCCGAAUAGUUUUCUCUAUCAUUUUUGCAUUCUUCAUCUGCUGGCUGCCCUUCCAUGUUGUGCAGUUCAUACACCUAAGCGUUAUGUCGGAGAAUAUUAGAAUCGGAGGUACUCUGACAUUGUGUCUGGCUUUUAUGAACAGCUGCCUGAACCCCAUUCUCUAUGUUUUCAUGUGUGAUGAAUUCCAGAGGAAGCUCAAGCAGUCCAUAUGCUUUGUCCUAGAGAGCGCCCUGGCAGAGGACCACUUGUCGUUUAUGUCUUCUCGCUCCUUGUCGUCACACUUUUCCCGGAUUACCCGGAGGUCCGACUCUGUUGCACCUUUCGAAGGGAAGGACAGAUCCGCUUCCUUAACCUUCACAGAAAGCAAAGCGGUCACCGCUGAGGAGAGAGAGACGCUGAGCACUGAUUAAGACCUCCACAUCUGCCGGACAAUGCAAAUAUAAUGAAUCCAACUUUUAAAAUAAACAAACAAAAAAGCUUGUAAUCAAUAGUGAGAAAAGUAUAGGAUGAAUUGAAAAUGACAUGUUAAAUUGACAUCUAUUAUAGAAAUUAGCAGAAUAUUCGCUGUGAUUUACUUAUGAACAGCUGUUUUCACUUGUAAGACAUCCCCCAUGGCACCUUUUUCUUACUAGUACAUGCAGUUUGAUGACAUGACAUAGCUCCCAAUAUGUUUUAGGUCUUACACCUGUGUGGGUGGACUUAACAUGUAAAUAUUAAAUGUCUUUGUGUAACACUGAAUGUAAAACAUUUAAAACAAAUUAUUUUGUACCAACUAUAACCUUCAAAACUUGUGAUAUGGAAAUGUAUAUAAAUCACCUGACAAAGAGACCAAUGUCAUGUUUGCUUGUAAGCUUUUGAUGCUUCAUAUUUGACAGGCUUAUUAUCCAUAGCAGCAUCCAUGAUCCCGUCAUACAAGACUGAACUUUUAUAAUUGAGCUUUAUGCACUUCAAUACCGUGAAUAAAAAAAAACUUGA